UGGAUCUUCAUACGGCAGGUCAUCCUUCACGCUUGCUCCCAGAGAGAACGUACGGGCCAACUUUGUCGUGUUUUUGUCCACAGAGGUUUAUAUUUGGAGCGGACCGCAGCAGCGAUUCUCACCGCGGAGCUCGGCCGCAGUCGGCGUGUUGUGGACCGGACAUGGCGGCUCAGGGAGGGGUGGUGUUCCAGGAGAAGGUCAGCAGGCUGCUCAGCAAGUCCAACGGAAAACCGGUCCUCAAACCCAACAAGACUUUGGCUCUGAGAGAUGCUGUAGCCAACCGCAAGCUAAAUAAAGGAGAGGCCUCCUGCAUCACUGAGAUAUCCAUCCUGAUGGCCUGCUGGAAGAAGAACAACUUCGUGGAUGGUCUGUGCUCUACAGAGAUCGACUCCUUCUACGUCUGUGUGGAGAAAGCUCGGGCGGCGCUGAAGAACACAUCUGAGCAGAGCAGUGCUGGAAGACGCAUGCCACCAAAACAAGCCAUAACCCUGCUGAAGAGAUUCCCUAACCUCCGGACGGAGGUCUGAGACCACCCUCUCCCUCCCUGCAGGACAACCAGGACAUCAGGAUCCAGAACUGGAUGUCUGAUGCAGAGUCCUGGCGGCGGCUGCAGUUCUGGUCUUACCUGGAGCUCCAGGUGGGAUUAUUUCUGCGUGGAUCCUGCUGGCUCUUCUCUGAGAUGCUACAGAUCAGCUAACGGCUGCAGAACUUCCCAUAUCCCAAAUUUUUGAACAGGAGAUGGAGGAGGAAGUUUAGACUUUCUUUACUCGAUCGUCAUGGGACUUUUCUGCUAAAUAAGAUGGACAUUAAAUGUAAUAAUGGGAAGUUUUUCCCUCUUUUUAUGAUUUUCAGUUAUGUAAAAUGUAUUUCUGUAGAACCAGUUCAGGUGAAAUCACAGUAGUCUAAUUCCAUCAUAUUAAGACGCACAUGUUGCUAUGAGGAGGCGGCGUUGGUCUUGUUUCUACCUGUUCCAGGUGAGCUGGUACAUCUGAGCCAGAUCAGAUUUCCUGCACCCUGCAAAGCUUCAUGGAAUAAAACCUGUUAAGGAAAGAUGAAA